AUGCACCGCCUCCGCAUCGCAGCGGCCGCCGUGCUGCUUUUGGCACUCGUCCAGACAACCACGGCCGUCAACGGUGGCUCUGGCUGCAAGCUCUACUUCAGGCCCAAGAUCCUGGCAGCCCUUCAGGCUCGCAACAUCACUGACCCGGCGACCAUCUUCAAGGCCCUAAGCAGCACCCUGUUUGUGAACUCCUAUCUGUGCAAGAGCUGCCGCGGGCCGGCCAACGUGCUCAAGAACAAGGGCCUCGUCGACCCCAAACUGGGGGAGUGCUGUGAGUGCAACCGCACCAGCGCGGCGCCCGGCGUGCGGCGCGUGGGGCGCGCCGUCGGCUUGCGCCUUUCUAUGCUUUCGCUGCAGAACGGCAAGAUCCUGCAGCGCUUUGGCUGCUCCAAGUGCAUCAAAGAGACCCCAAACAGCAACGCCACCACAGGACCCUAUGACCCUGUUGCAAGGACGUUUUCCGCCACCAAGUGCACAGUCUGA